AGCACUACAGUAAUGGGGAACAGCUCUCUAGCUCUGCUCCUCUCCAAAUACAUUUCACCAUGCUGGUACCGUUGGAAAUUUAUUUUCAACUGGGGUUUUUCUCCCAUGUCAGCAAAAUACCUUUAGCAUGGAAAUUUAUUUAUUGUUUUGAUUCCAAAUUGUUGGACACUUUACAAAAUCAAGCUUUCUUUUACCACAAUGAAGAUUGAUUGGCACACAAGUAAGGUUGUAUGCACCAGAAAAUCCAGCAGCACGAGAAGGGGAGCCCAGGUACUUGGUCCAUCAGACCUAUGCUGCUACGUUCCCUACCACUAGGAUGGAGGAUGUACCUGAUUCCUUCCAUUCGAUGAACCAUGCUGAGAGGAUGAUGAAGAAAAUGGAGGGCUAUGUUUCUAAGCGACAAUUGUGUGAUGUUGUGUUACUAGUUGGAAACAAACGUAUCCCCGCACACAGACUCGUUCUUAGCGCAGCAUCGGAUUACUUUGCUGCCAUGUUUACUAAUGAUGUAAGGGAGGCAACUAUGGAGGAGAUCAAAAUCAAUGAUGUUGAUCCUGAUGCCAUGGUAGCCAUUGUGAACUAUUCCUACACCGGUAACAUAUCCCUCCAGGAGGACACAGUGGAGAAUCUCUUGUCCACAUCCUGUCUGCUCCAACUGUCCGAGGUGGUGGAGGCGUGCUGUAACUUCCUGAUGAAACAACUCCACCCCUCCAACUGUAUCGGGAUCCGACAAUUUGCUGAUGCUCAGGGCUGUACAGAUCUCUAUAAAGUUGCCAACAACUAUGUCAUGGACAACUUUGUACAUGUGAUGCAGAACCAGGAAUUCCUGAUCCUUCCCGCAGAGGAAGUUUGUCGUCUAUUGUCUAAUGAUGACCUCAACGUUCCUGAUGAGGAGACGAUCUUCCAGGCGCUCAAUAUGUGGGCAAAACAUGAUAUGGCCAGUAGGAAGAAGGUUCUCUCCAAACUACUGUCUCACAUACGCCUUCCUCUAAUGUCUCCCCAGUUUAUUGCUGACCAUGUUGAGACGAACGCCUUGUUUCGUGAGGACAAGGAAUGCCAGUAUCUGAUCAUGGAGGCACUCAAGUACCACCUCCUCCCUGAGAGACGCUCAUCAUUCCAAAGCCCGAGAACCAAACCGAGAAAGUCCACUGUGGGUGUUCUGUAUGCUGUUGGAGGGAUGGACUGUACAAAAGGUGCAACUACUAUUGAAAAGUAUGACCUUCGGACCAACAACUGGACACAAGUAGCCAACAUGAGUGGGCGUCGCCUCCAGUUUGGAGUGGCAGUUAUUGAAGAUAAACUUUACAUUGUGGGGGGUCGGGACGGCUUAAAGACCCUUAACACUGUUGAGUGUUAUGACACUAAGAAAAAGUCCUGGAGUCUCAUGCCCCCUAUGUCAACACAUAGACAUGGGUUAGGUGUUGGAGUGUUAGAGGGACCGAUGUAUGCUGUAGGGGGACAUGAUGGCUGGUCCUACCUCAACACAGUGGAGCGUUGGGAUCCUCAGGCUCGCCAGUGGAGCUAUGUUGCCCCCAUGUCAACGUCACGAAGUACUGUGGGGGUGGCUGUUCUCAUGGGAAAAUUGUAUGCCGUAGGAGGUAGGGAUGGAAGCUCAUGUCUGAAGACAGUGGAGUGUUUCGACCCUCAUACCAACAAAUGGUUACACUGUACCCCAAUGUCCAAGCGGCGGGGAGGUGUAGGGGUAACCACAGGGGGGGGCUUUCUGUAUGCUGUUGGGGGUCACGAGGCACCAGCAACCAACCCAACCUGCUGCAGAUUUGAAUGUGCAGAAAGGUAUGAUCCCAAAACUGACCAAUGGACAAUGAUUGCCACCAUUAGCUCGCCAAGGGACGCUGUGGGUGUGUGUGUUUUAGGUGACAAGAUCUUUGCUGUGGGAGGUUAUGAUGGUCAGCAAUACUUACAGGAUGUGGAAUGUUACGACUCAGUUAGCAACGAAUGGGCAAAGAUGGCCGGAUUAUGUACCGGACGGGCCGGAGCCUGUGUUGUCCAUGUCAGCAAUAGUUGACAAAAAAGAAAAUGGUCACUCUCUCUUCUCAAGAAGUGGCCAUCAGGAUUUUUCCACAGACGACGGCGAAAAUCGAGUGGUCUUGGAUCGCCAUAGUUUUUACAAAAA